AACCUAUCAUCCGCUCAAAGCCUACUUCGAAUUGAUCGCUACUCAUCAUGACGUCCAUCGGCACAGGCUAUGAUCUUUCCAAUUCAGUCUUCUCUCCUGAUGGUCGCAACUUUCAGGUUGAAUACGCAGUCAAGGCGGUCGAAAAUGGGGGAACCGCCAUUGGUAUCAGGUGCAAAGAUGGCGUUGUGCUGGCGGUAGAAAAGAUUGUCACCAGCAAGCUUCUAAAGCCGGGCGCAAACAAAAGAAUCGCAACGGUGGACCGCCAUGUCGGUGUUGUAUCUGCAGGCCUUGUUCCCGAUGGCCGGCACUUCGUUUCUCGGGCUCGAGAUGAAGCUUCCUCGUGGAGAAAUGUAUACAAGGGGCCUAUUCCCGUCUCUGCGCUAUCGAACCGCCUUGGCAGCUACGUCCAGGCGUACACUCUUUAUUCCAGCGUACGACCCUUUGGUGUGACUGCCAUCAUCGGCGGCUGGGAUUCGGAGGCUGAGCUGGCUGUCGACGGUCAGGUUGGAAGUGGGCCGACUUCAGGGUCUGGCGGACGGGUGGAAGGAGCUAAAGCUGGUGGGCCGGGUCUAUAUAUGGUUGAGCCGAGUGGUCUCUACUGGGGCUACUAUGGCGCUGCCACCGGGAAGGGAAGGCAGACGGCCAAAGCGGAGCUUGAAAAACUAGAUCUGGCCUCUGGUGGUCUGAACCUGGCUGAAGGUGUCAAGGAGGCUGCUCGCAUCAUCUACGUUGCCCAUGAAGACAGCAAGGACAAGGAGUUCGAGCUUGAGAUGUCCUGGAUCAGCUCACUCGAUGGGCCCACGAAGGGCAGACACGAAGAAGUACCGAAGGAGCUCCUCGAAGAAGCUGAGACAGCAGCCAAAAAAGCCUUGGAGGGGGAUGAUGAGGAGGGAGAUGAGACGACGAAAGAUGAGAGCGAGCGAAUGGAGGAAUAGAGAAAAACUGAACACGGGCACAAACGGAUACCAUUGCCAUCUGCUACGUUUCUUCCCUAGCAUCUUUCUAUUCUGUCGGUUCAAUCCCCUUUGCCAAAGGAGCAAAUAAACAUUUCGAUUUCACAAUGGACUUUGUCAAUAAUAC